CUACCUGUAUUUUGGUUGUGCAAUUCAUUAAAAAGAUUCCCAUAUGUUGCACACUUGAAUGACCACACUGUUUACAAAAAUAUGGGUGAAAGUCCCUUUCAUUGACUCAUUGAGUGUGAUGUAAGGAUUAAUGACCUGAUUAUUGCACUGCUGUGUAUAUGAAUGAAAAAAUGUAUUGAUCAAACGAAACACCCUCUAAUUUGAAUAAAUGGUUGCUUAGAAAUGAAUAUGCAAAUAACUGGAGUAACUCUAGUGAUGGUUGCUAGGAAAUCAAUAAAACAAAUGUUUUGUUUUGAAUUUUAUUUUCAAUAAACUGUUUUUAUAAUAAUUUCAAAAAAUGUCUUCUCCUUCUCCAGUGCCAAAUCUUCAUGAGAAGAGAGGAGAAGACAAAGAUUCUCUUUUUUCUUCAGAAAAAUCAGAAGAGAAAGUUGUCGUUUUUGAAACCCCUGAACAAAUAACCGAAGUACAAGUUGUAGAAUACACUGACGAAGAAUUAGACACUUUCUUAUCAUAUAUCAAAGAUAUGACUACUCUAUACAAUUUGAAGACUGAUGAUUGGACAGAACAGGGUGAAACAAUGAUAAGACAAUGGUUUAUGGACCCUGCAUUGCCAAUACUGUGUAUAUACUAUGAUUGUGAUGAACUAGUUUGUGACAUUGAUGUUCCGAGCACUCCCAUACAAGUUGAUUUGAUGUAUUUUUUGAGAGAACCAAAUAUUGAAUUUGAAGUUGGGAAAUUUCACGAUCAAAUUAUAUUUGGGACCAUUGAUGACAACAUUGAAGGAUCCAUUUUGCAGAUUAUUAGGGAUAUAUAUGCACCACUGCUGCUAUCAUUGGAAAAUUGGCCUGACAGCGUAAAAAACGAAUUUAGCCACAACCUACAGAUGUUUCUUGCAAGAGUUACAGACCUCCACUACAAACUUUUUGGUUUGACAGUAUUGUAUGUACCCCAAGAAAUCCUCAAGAUUUCAGUACAAGACGCCGCUAAAGACAAAGAGCUGAUAAAAAGAUUAGAAGCCAUUGUGGUUUACUGGACCAAGCAAGUGAGGGUUGGUUUACAAGAUCAAGAUCAAAAUACCCCCGAGGACCUCUUGUGUCCGAAAGAUGAGUUCGAGUUUUGGAAAUAUCGAUACGAGAAUCUGCUAGGACUCAACUAUCAGUUAGACAAUCCAGGUAUCAUACACAUCUGCAACAUCCUAACAUCUGUGCAGUCCACAUACGUGCGACAAUUCAAAGUUCUAGCCGAUGAAAUAACCAGGAACAUCUCGGAAUCGAAUUCGAACAUUGACUACCUGAACGUUUUGGUAGCCCCUUGCGAUACAUUGGCUGACCUGAAAUCUCCCAAGGAUUUUCCUGACAAUAUACCGAAAAUAAUCCAAUUGAUCAGAUAUAUUUGGUUAAACAGUCCGUAUUAUAAUACAAAAGAGAAGAUAACACAGCUGUGCAGAUCUCUCAGUAACCAGCUCAUCCUGCAGUGCAGGACUUUUAUUGAUUUGGAUGUAGUUUUUGUGAAAAAAGAGACUAGAAAGGCGAUAGUCAUGUUUGAGACGUGCAUCAAUUGUCUGACCCAAUACAUAAAAACCUACGUUUUGAUUUCGAAUAGCCAUAACGAAUUUGGUGAAAUUCCUUGGGAUUUGGACAAAGCGCCGAUCUUCAAUCAUAUUGAUUCAUUCAUCCAACGGUGCAAAGACGUGAUAGAGAUUUGCGAAGCUAUGAUAGUUUUUGGCCGCCAUGAUGAAACUGAAAAGAUCCCUAAACCCAGAUUUGGCGGGUCGAGGGGAAAGGGAUUCGAAAGAUGGGCAGAGAGAGCCGAGAAGAUGUUCAGUGAAAGUCUUGUGGAGAUAGAGCAAGUGCAAUUCAGGAUAUUAGAUGUCCAAAUGGCAGAUUGGUAUGAUGACAUUUUGAAAUUCAGAACCAGAAUGAAGGACAUCGAGGUAGUAAUAGAAAACCUAACUAAUGCAGUUUUUGUCAAUGUUGCCAAUCUGGAAGAAGCAAUAGAGUCACUUGCUGCAAUGCAUAAUUACACAAACAGAAGAACUUUAGUUUCCUUGUUUGAGGCAAAAACUUUGCAGGUCUAUAAAAUGUUCAGAGAAGAAAUAUUACAGGCUAAACAAGAUAUGCAAGUUGAAGCAGAAGUAUAUCCAUCUCUUAUGCCAUAUUUUGCUGGAAGAGCUCAUAUGAUAGAUAUGAAAAAACAUCGAUUGCAAAUGCUCAAGAAGAUGUUCGAUGAUGCUGGCUGGAUGAUGCCUUGUAGCAUUUCCAGAGAAGUAUUUGCUCAAUAUGAAAAAUUGAUUUCCUCUAUAAAUGACAAUAUAUUGAAUUUGUAUCGAAAAUGGGUUGACAAUAUCGGGGAAGAUGUCAAUGCAAGACUGAAUAGGCCACUGAUGUGUAAAAGUUUGACCAAACCUGGUCUCCUGGAAUGUAAUAUUGACAGAUCUUUGCUAGAAAUAUUCCACGAAGCCAAAUACUGGGAAGCUCUGCAUUAUGAAAUACCUCCUUAUUUAAAAUCAGUGUAUGUGAAAGCAGAUUCUAUUAGAUUCAUCUACGAAAGUGUUCUGAAUGUCGUACUGGAUUAUAAUAAAAUAAUUUCUUCGUUAUCUGAUGAUGAGCGGCUUCUAUUCAAACCAUUGAUCAAUACAGUUGAGAAAAAAAUUGCUCCUGGACUGAAUAAAUUGACUUGGGCAGCAGAUAUAGGAGAUGAAUAUAUUUCCGAAUGUAGUAAUACCACUGCAGAGCUUCAAGGUUUCAUGGAUGACUAUAAAAAUUGCAAUCUACAAAUAGUGACAAUUUGUGAGAAAAUCUGUGAUACCCCUCUAAUAAAAAUUAAAACGAACUACGCUUACGAAAUCAUCGAAUUGGUGGAUGAUAUUGCCCAUGGCAUGCAGAAUGUUCUUGAUGUGCUCAUUGAUUGUUACCAAAAGAUUAUUGAGUUCAUAAUUUUGGUGUUUGAAGGAUUCGAGAGUUUUAUGGGUUCAAUGUCAAAUCAAUGGAUGAAAUAUAUAAAUAAUUUUGAUAUCCUGAUAGAAGAAGCUCUGAAAAUUUGUUGCAAAACUUCUCUAGAGUGCAUAUAUGAAGCUCUACAUGGCGAUGGGACUACAGAGCCGAAUCCGUUGAUAAAAUUAAGCGCAAAUCUGACUGAAAACAGAAUAAAAUUCAGCCCUUCAUUAGCAGAAGUUGCCGCUGUUAUCUCCAAUAUUCACAGCAGUUUAGUUGAAGCUUUAAGGGUACUGCCGAGACUGAAUGAUAAAUUCCUUGUAUCGAUGAAUGAACACAAAACCUACAGCGAAAUCAUAGCUGUAGACAGAGCGUGCACAGAAUUGCAAACAUCACUCAACAACGAGGUGAUGGUGAAUGUGAAAAAAAUAAUGGCUUACAUGCAAACUUGGGAGCCGUUCCGUGACUUAUGGGAAGUGGACAAAACUAAAUUCAUCGAAAGAUACGAAAGAGAAAAUCCAAGUGCCGCACUUUUUGAUUCGAACAUUUCACGUUACACGGAAUUCGCAAAUAAUGUACAAAUUCAGGAAACAGUUUCGGCAGUACAUUUCAUGCAGAUAAAUUGUGCGGCUCUCAAACAGGCAGUUAUUGACCACUGCUUAGAAUGGCAGGAGAAGUUGUGCAAACUUUUGUUGAAGAUGACAGAAAAUAACCUCAAAGAGUUAUAUGAGUACAUAAAAUAUAAUACUGUCGAUAUUCUUCGUGAACCCAAAUCGUUAGAUGAGAUGCAAUAUGCCAUACGGUUGUUUGAUCAGUUAAAAGAAGACAUUCCUCAACGUGAAGAACAAUUUCCACUGAUUCGUGAUCAAAUAUUGACUUUAGAUAAAUAUACAGUGCCGAUCUCUGAUACAGUGAGGACCUUGGAAAAAAAUAUACCAAAAGAAUGGACAAUCUAUCUCGAGGUUCUUGAUCAAGCUGAUAAAAUGCUCGAGUAUUCCAAGAAUCAUUUCAAAACAACUUUACUGGAACAAGCAGAAGGGUACCGAAAAGAAGCAAGUGAUUUGCUCAAGGAAUUUCUCAAGAAAGGUCCAUUUUCAUCAGACUUCAGUCCGCAAGAUGCUUUGCAAUAUUUGCAAGAAAAGAAGUUGCUCUUGAUCGACAUGAGGAUGAAAGAAGAAGAUUUGAGAAACGAUUUGGGCAUAUUUGGCCUCAGUUUUCCUGAAUCGCUUGAUCUAUCGAUACUAGACGCAGAAUUGGGUGCUCUAGAGUCAAUAUGGCAGCUAGUAGAAGAAUGGGACCGUGCUUGGGAUAAAUACAAAUCCGGGGAGUUCUGGUCAAUCGAAACGACAGAAAUGGAAGAAACUGCUCAAACUUUAUUCAGAAAACUAACAAGACUUUCAAGGGAAUACAGUAAUAAAGGUUGGAGUGUUAUUGACGAUACGAGGACAAGAGUAGACGCGUUCAGAAGAAUGCUACCUCUACUGGGCGAUUUGAAAAAUCCAGCCAUGCGUAAUAGACACUGGGACAAAGUGAGACAAGCAGUCGAAGUAGAUUUUGAUGAACACUCUGACGAUUUUAACUUGGAAGCGAUAUAUGCCAUGAAUUUACACGAACAUGCUGAUGAAAUCAAUGAAAUAUCAAAUGCUGCCACUAUGGAGCUUGGGAUAGAAAAAGGGCUAAAAGCAAUCGCUGAUGUUUGGAAAAUAAUGAAACUGGAAAUUAUAUCAUACAAGGAGAGAGGUCUUUACAGGAUAAAAAAUGUGGAUGACUGUUUUCAAGCUCUGGAAGAAAAUAUGAUGCAGUUAUCAGUCAUGAAGAGUACUAGAUUUGUAGAGCCAUUCACUAAAGAGGUGGAUUAUUGGGAGAAAACACUGUCCUACAUAAUGGAAACUUUGGAAAUUGCACUUCAAGUGCAAAGACAAUGGCUAUAUUUAGAGAAUAUAUUUUUUGGUGAAGACAUUCGCAAGCAGUUGCCAAAAGAAACUGACGAUUUUGACAACCUAACUGAAAGUUGGAGGGACAUCACUACUCGCUUAUACUUCUCAAAAUCGGCUCUUACCGCUACCCAAUACAAACCGCCUCCUUACCUGCUGAACAAACUGAACAAAAUGAACGAGAAGCUAGACUUGAUGCAGAGAGCGUUGGAGCGAUAUCUGGAAUGCAAACGUCACGCUUUUCCGAGGUUUUAUUUCAUCUCUAACGAUGAUUUGUUGGAGAUUCUUGGGAAUUCCAAGAAACCAGAAGGUGUCCAGACUCACCUGAAGAAGCUCUUUGAUAAUUUGAACAAGAUGAAGGUUGCGAAGAAUAUAGGAGUUAAUAAGCAAGAAGCGGUGGGAAUGUUUUCCGAUGACGGGGAGUACAUGGAAUUUGUGAAGCCAUUCUUUCUAGAAGGCCCUUCUGAGUCUUGGCUUUUUCAACUAGAAGUUGCGAUGAAACUGGUAUUAAGGACCGCAUUCAAACCUUGCAGAAGCGAACUCAAGAAGAAUCUAAACAAAAGAGACAAAUGGUUGCUGGCGAAUUGUGGACAACUUUGUAACGCCUGCAGUUUGAUUCAAUGGACCACAGAUUGUACUAGAGCUUUGGUUCAUGCCAAAAUAAUGGAGAGCAAGAAACCUCUCAAACGUUUGAGGAAAAAACAAACCCAGGUUUUGGGGAAACUAUCAGAACUAAGCAGAAGAGAUCUCACCAAACUCCAGAGGCUCAAAGCCAAUGCUCUAAUCACUAUUGAAAUUCAUUCCAGAGAUGUCAUUGACAGACUCUACAAAGCCAAUUGUAGAGAUACCAAUGCUUUCGAGUGGUUUUCUCAGUUACGCUUCUAUUGGGAUAGAGAUGCCGAUGAGUGUGUAAUUAAACAAACUAAUACAAGUUUCAAUUAUGGUUAUGAGUAUAAUGGUAACUCAGGAAGACUAGUUAUCACGCCACUUACUGAUAGAUGUUACAUAACAUUGACGACGGCUCUACAUCUAUAUCGUGGAGGGAGUCCUAAGGGCCCUGCCGGUACUGGCAAAACAGAAACUGUCAAGGACUUGGGAAAAGCAAUGGGCCUCUGGGUUAUAGUCAACAAUUGUUCCGAAGGCUUGGACUACAAGAGCAUGGGCAAAUGUUUUUCAGGACUGGCUCAAACUGGCGCUUGGGGAUGUUUCGAUGAGUUCAACAGAAUUAAUAUUGAGGUGUUGUCCGUGGUGGCUCAACAGAUCUUGUUUAUUCUGUCGGCGGUGUCUCAAAAACUCGAUCGAUUCAUAUUUGAAGGAUAUGAAAUUUGUCUAAAAUUGACCGUCGGCAUAUUCAUCACCAUGAAUCCUGGGUACGCUGGGCGGACCGAACUCCCCGACAAUCUGAAAUCCAUGUUCAGGCCUAUUUCAAUGAUGGUACCGGAUAGUGGAAUAAUAGCAGAAAAUGUAUUGUUUAGCGAUGGAUUCCAAAAUACCAAAGCACUUGCAAAGAAGGUAUUCACUCUUUACCGUUUGGCCGUGCAACAAUUGAGCAAGCAAGAUCACUACGAUUUCGGUCUGCGCUCAAUGGUGGCCCUUUUGAGAUAUGCAGGAAGCAAACGCCGUCAAAUGUCCCACAUACCUGAAGAUCAAGUGGUGUACCUCGCAAUGCGCGAUAUGAACAUUGCAAGGCUGACGUCUGAUGAUUUGCCCCUUUUCAAUGGCAUUAUGUCGGAUAUCUUUCCUGGAGUUGUUAUCCCCGUCGUAGAUUAUAUCGACAUGAACUUUGCUAUAUUGGAAUUCAUGGAGGAGAACAAUAUACAGCCUAUUCCGAUUGCUUUGACUAAAGUACUUCAACUAUAUGAAACAAAGAACUCCAGACAUUCAGUAAUGAUUCUUGGAAAAACGUGUACUGCGAAAUCGGUAACGUGGAAAGUGCUUCAAGGAGCUAUGGGAAAAUUGAAAAACAAACCCGGAUUCAAUUCCGUCCAGGUCUUCCCUCUGAACCCGAAAUCGUUGAAUUUGGGCGAGUUAUAUGGAGAAUUCAACUUGAGCACUAAUGAAUGGUUGGAUGGAGUUAUAAGUGCUAUAAUGCGGCAGACUUGUUCAGACGAGUCCCCAGAGGAAAAGUGGAUCCUAUUCGACGGUCCAGUCGAUGCGGUCUGGAUAGAGAACAUGAACAGCGUCAUGGACGACAACAAAGUUCUGACGUUGAUAAACAGCGACAGAAUCACCAUGCCCGAGCAGGUGUCUUUGCUCUUCGAAGUCGGGGAUUUGGCUGUCGCUUCCCCAGCGACCGUCAGCCGGUGCGGGAUGGUUUAUAACGAUUACAAGGACUGGGGAUGGUUACCCUACGUCACUUCUUGGGUGAAUAACAAGAAGAAGUUGGGAGAGAAAUUCACGAAGAAGAUGAUGUAUUUAUUCACGAAUUAUUUAUCACCUAUCCUUGAGUUCAAACGACUGAAUUGCGAAGAAACUGUUGUCUGUGCAGAAUUAAAUUUGGUAAUAUCGUUAUGCAAGCUCUUGGACAUCUAUGAAACUAAGGAAUUCAAUGUUAAUACAAAUGAUGAAGAACAUUUCGACGAUGCUGCCAAAAAUUGGUUCUUAUUUUGUUUAAUAUGGUCGGUCUGUUGUACAACUGACGAAGAAGGUAGAAAGAAGCUGGACGUAUUCAUAAGAGAAAGGGAAGCUGUUUUUCCUAUCAAAGAUACAAUAUAUGAAUACUUUGUUGAUUAUCAAAACUAUUGCUUUUCUCCUUGGUCAGAUAAAUUGCCAUAUGGUUGGAGAUACGAAACUGGCUGCCCAUUUUAUAAAAUAACCGUUCCCACCAUUGACACGGUCAGAUAUGAAUACAUCGUUAGCGCCCUACUGGCACACGGUGAUCCAGUACUGCUAACUGGCCCAGUGGGCACUGGAAAAACUUCGACUGCUCAAUCGGCUCUAUCCGCUUUGGACGUCGAUAGAUAUACAGUGUUGAAUAUAAAUAUGUCAGCUCAAACUUCCUCUGAGAACGUUCAAGACAUUAUUGAAGGACGCGUCGAAAAAAGGACCAAAGGUCACUAUGCUCCGAGUGGUGGAAAGUUCAUGAUUGCUUUUCUGGACGAUCUAAAUAUGCCAGCCAAAGAAACAUAUGGGUCUCAGCCUCCUUUGGAAUUAUUGAGGCAAUGGAUCGACUAUGGAUUCUGGUAUGACAGGAAAAAACAGCAAAGGGUGUACAUAGAGAACAUGCACAUUCUGGCGUCUAUGGGCCCUCCCGGGGGCGGCCGAAACGUGAUAACCGACCGCCUCCUCAGCCGCUUCAACGUGAUCAACAUGACCUUUCCCGAGGACGAGACGAUCUCGCGCAUUUUCGGCUCGAUGCUGGCCCAGCACUUGGCCGCCGAUUUCGACGAGAGCGUCAAAUUGGUGGGCCGACUCAUCACCGAAGCCACAAUCGAUUUGUACAAGAACGUGAUCGUGAAGAUGCUGCCCACACCUACGAAGAUACACUAUCUGUUCAAUUUGCGCGACAUCUCGAAGGUGUUUCAAGGGCUGCUGAGGAGCCACAAGGACUACCAGAACGUCAAGCCGGCCAUGCUCAAGCUGUGGAUUCACGAGUGUUUCAGGGUGUUCUUUGACAGACUGAUUGAUGAAAGUGAUCAAGAUUGGUUCAUUGCUCAAAUGAACGAACAGCUGGGCAGAUAUUUCGAAGUUACCUUACACAGUUUGUGCCCCAAGAACGAAAUACCAGUCUAUGCGGACUUCGUAAAUCCAUGGGGUAUUUAUGAAGAAUACAGCGACCUUUCACUGUUGCGAAAUUAUCUGGACCAACAAAUGGAUGAGUACAAUGUUUCUCCUGGCGUUGUUCGAAUGGAUUUGGUAUUGUUCAAGGAUGCCAUCGAACAUGUUUGUAGGAUUGUUAGGGUUAUAUCGCAGGCUAGAGGAAAUAUGCUCCUCGUUGGUGUAGGUGGUAGCGGUAGGCAGUCAUUUUCGAGAGUGGCAGCCUAUAUUUGUGAAUAUAGUACCUACCAAAUAUCGAUAACGAAAAACUACAGAGUAGCAGAAUUCAAAGACGAUUUGAAAAAAUUGUAUAACAUUGCGGGAGUCGAAAACAAACAGACAGUUUUCCUUUUCAACGAUACCCAGAUUACCGAUGAAAGUUUUCUUGAAAUAAUCAACAAUAUGCUUAGCAGUGGAGAAGUUUCUAAUCUGUAUAAGGCUGAUGAGUUUGAAGAAGUAAAAAGUAACUUGGAGCCUGCUGCAAAGAAAGCAGACAUACUUUAUACCAAUGAGGCUAUGUACGAUUUUUUGAUAAGUCGUGUUCGAGCUAAUAUGCAUAUAGUAUUGUGCAUGAGCCCUAUUGGAGAAGCCUUCAGAAACAGGCUAAGACAGUACCCUGCUUUGGUGAACUGCACAACCAUUGACUGGUUCAGUGAUUGGCCCAAAGAUGCCCUUUUGGAGGUUGCGAACAAAUACAUUGCCGAUGUCAAUUUUGUACAAACCAUUACUGGUCAGGAAUUGGCGCAUAGAAGAGAAUCUGCGUUGGUUUCCACUCAAGAUCGAAUGAGAGGAGCAAUCUCGCUUAUUUUUGCAACUGUUCAUGACUCGGUUGCGAAAUAUUCUAAAAAAAUGGCAAUGGAAAUGAAAAGGCAUAACUAUGUAACUCCGACAAACUAUUUGGAAUUAGUGGCAGGUUACAAAAGGAUGUUGGCUGAAAAAAGAGAAGAAGUUUCUUCACAAGCCAAUAAACUCAGGAAUGGUUUGUGGAAAAUCGAUGAUUGUAAGGAAAAAGUCACGACUAUGUCAGUAGAGUUAGAAGAAGCACAAAUCAAAGUUGCAGAAUUUCAACAGCAAUGUGACGAUUAUCUUGUUAUUAUUGUUGCUCAGAGAAAGGAAGCUGAUGAACAACAGAAAGAAGUUACCAAGAAGAGCAUAAAAAUAGGAGAAGAAGAAAUCCAAUGUAAAAGAAUGGCAGAUUUAGCUCAGGUUGAUUUAGAUGAAGCUAUGCCUGCACUAGAAGAAGCCAUCAGAGCUUUAGAUUCGUUGAGUAAAAAGGAUAUCAGUGAAAUGAAAUCUUAUACAACACCCCCACAAAAGGUCAAAAUAGUUAUGGAGGCAGUGAAUAUACUGAAAGGGAUUGAACCCACGUGGGAGGCAGCGAAAAGACUUCUUGGUGAAAUGAAUUUCUUGAAGGAUCUCAAAGAAUUUGAUAAAAAUCAUAUCUCAGAUAAAACACUGAAAAAAAUUGCCACGUAUACCAUGAAUGAGGAAUUCAUUCCUGAUAAAGUUGGUGCCGUCUCACUAGCUGCCAAGUCUCUUUGUAUUUGGGUCAUAGCGAUUGAAAAAUAUGCCAAAGUUUGGAAAAUUGUUGGACCUAAAAAAGCUAAGCUAGAUGAGGCAUUAGAGUCACUGAAAGAGAAACAAAUGAUGUUAGCAGAAGCUCAAGCCAAGUUAGCUGAAUUGAAUCUGACUCUGCAGAAACUUCAAGAAGAAUAUGAGGAAAAACUUGCGCAGAAAGAGGAACUAAAUCGAAAGGCAGAGUUAUUGAAGUUGAAAUUAGAAAGAGCAGCAACACUUGUCGAAUGUCUUUCAGGAGAAAGAGAACGUUGGGGAGAGACAGUGACAUUGUUAGAUAAAAAGUUCGACUUCAUACCAGGAGACUGUCUACUUGCAACUGCUUUCAUAUCUUAUCUAGGUCCAUUUCUAUCUAAUUAUAGGGAAGAGCUAAUGUGCCUGUGGCAAAAAGAAGCUAUAAACUUGGAAAUCAUUUUUUCCCGUGACUUCAAUGUGAUUGUAUUUUUGUCUGACGCGACCACUAUUCGAGAAUGGGUCAUUCAAGGAUUACCGGCUGACAGUUUUAGCACAGAAAAUGGUAUUAUAGUCACUCACGGUAAUCGCUGGCCUCUUGUUAUUGAUCCCCAGUGUCAGGCACAGAAGUGGAUCAAAGCAAUGGAGAAUGAAAAUGACUUACAAGUAAUCGACUUGAGAAUGACGGGUUUUAUGUCGAUCGUUGAAAAAGCGGUUUUGCUGGGAAAACCAGUCCUAUUGCAAAAUAUUCUAGAAAGUAUUGAUCCCUCUUUGGAUCCCAUUCUCUCCAAAGCUGUGGUUAAACAGGGUGGCGAAUUCAUGAUCAAACUAGAAGACAAAUUGGUGUCUUACAAUGUAAACUUCAGAUUUUUUAUAACCACCAAACUAACAAAUCCUCAUUAUCCUCCUGAAAUAUCCACCAAAACCACUUUAGUUAACUUUGCUGUCAAGGAACAAGGUCUCGAAGCGCAGUUACUAGGCAUUGUUGUUCGAAAAGAAAAACCUCAGCUUGAAGAACAGAAAGAUCAGCUCGUUACGACAAUCGCCAAAGGAAAAAGAACUUUAGUUGAUUUGGAAAAUGAGCUACUGAGACUUUUGAAUGAAACGAGGGGUUCCCUAUUGGAAGAUGCAGAGUUGUUCAACACUCUUCAAACAUCCAAAGCUACCUCAGAAGCUGUUAAACGAAGUUUAGAAAUAUCUGAGAAGACUGAAGUACAGAUUGAUUCUGCUAGAGAAGGUUACAGACCAUCAGCCAAGCGUGCAGCGAUUUUGUUUUUCGUUUUGAAUGAUAUGGGAAGCAUAGACCCGAUGUAUCAGUUUGCUCUAGAUGCGUAUAUACUGUUGUUCAACAAUUCCAUAACUAGAAGUCCGAAAUCGCAGUUUCUCAAUGAGAGGAUAGCUUCUAUGAACGAAUUUCACACUUAUGCUGUUUACAAAAAUACAUGCAGAGCUCUAUUCGAACACCAUAAAUUAUUAUUUGCAUUUCACAUGUGCAUCAAAAUAUUGAAUGCUCAAGGUAAAAUUAUAGCUGCUGAAUACAACUUUCUGUUGAAAGGAGGCGUGGUAUUGGAUAGAACAAAUCAAGUAGAUAAUCCAUGUUCAGGUUGGCUGAAUGAGCUUGCUUGGGACAAUAUCACAGAACUGGACAAACUUCCAGGGUUUCAUGGCGUUAUAGACACUUUUGAACAAUAUUCUCGUGAUUGGUACAACUGGUAUAUCAAUACAGAAUCUGAGAGUUUACCCCUGAUAGGUGAAUGGGAUGGAAUUUGCAACGAAUUCCAAAAAAUGCUUUUCAUCAGGUCCCUUCGUCAGGACCGCGUAUCUUUCGCAAUAACCAAUUUCAUUGUGAACCAACUGGGCCCCCAAUUCGUGGAACCCCCAGUCUUAGAUAUAAAAGCCGUACUCGAUGAGUCCAUUCCUCAAACUCCCCUGAUAUUUGUCUUAUCUCCUGGAGUAGACCCUACUACUAGUCUGAUAGCACUAGCCGAAACGAUGAAAAUGGGGUCCAAGUUUCAGUCGAUAAGUUUGGGUCAGGGACAAGCUCCAAUGGCAACAAAACUGCUUCAAAAUGGCGUCCAGGAAGGCCAUUGGGUAUUCCUGGCAAACUGUCACCUGUCGCUGAGUUGGAUGCCUAAAUUAGACAAGAUAAUUGAAAUGCUGCAGACGGGUAAAGUUCAUCCUAAAUUCCGGGUUUGGAUGAGUUCGAGUCCUCAUCCCGAUUUUCCUAUAUCCAUCCUUCAGGCAGCUAUCAAAAUGACCACUGAACCCCCAAAAGGGUUGAAAGCAAAUCUGAAGAGGCUUUAUCAACUAAUGACGGAGGAACAGUUUUCUGUUUGUCAGUAUCCGGACAAGUACAAGAAGUUAUUGUUUGGUCUAUGCUUCUUCCAUUCAAUUCUCUUGGAGAGGAAAAAGUUUCAACAACUUGGUUGGAAUGUUGUCUAUAGCUUCAACGAUUCUGACUUCCAGGUAUCUGAGAAUUUGUUGACAAUUUAUCUCAAUGAAUAUCAGAAUACCCCCUGGGAUGCCUUGAAAUAUCUUAUUGCUGGUAUCAGUUAUGGAGGACAUGUUACCGACGAUUGGGACAGAAGGCUACUAGCGACUUAUAUCAAUCAAUAUUUUUGUGACGAUGCCUUGACUAUUGCAUAUUUCAGAUUAUCCUCUUUAGCAGUUUACUAUAUCCCCCGUGACGGCUCAAUCCAGUCUUACUUAGACUACAUAACUCUUCUUCCGAACAUCGACAGACCAGAGGCUUUCGGCCAACAUCCGAAUGCAGAUAUCACAUCCCUGAUAUCUGAAUCGAGGAUGAUAUUCGAAACCUUGAUGUCCCUCCAAGUGCAAAGCACUUCGGACGAAGAGGAAUCCAAGGAAUCCAGGGUUGCCACAUUGGCAGCAGAUGUGCUGUCAAAGUUGCCCCAGACGAUCGAUUACGAGAAUACCGAAAAAUAUAAUUCUCUAUUGAUAUCUAUCAAUUCUUCACUGGACAAUCUCCAAAAAGGUAUUGCUGGCCUGGUAGUAAUGUCGACAGAAUUAGAAGAAAUUUUCACAUGCAUCUAUGAAGGAAGAGUUCCCUCGGCAUGGUUGAAAGCAUAUCCAUCGCUCAAACUGCUGGGUUCAUGGACUCGAGAUCUGAUGGCUAGGGUGGAACAUUUUGCUACUUGGGCUCAUACUACUCGCCCCCCACUAUUUUUCUGGCUGGCGGCCUACACAUUUCCUACUGGUUUCCUAACAGCUGUGUUGCAAACAACUGCAAGGGCCAAUGAGGUGCCAAUUGAUACGUUGAGUUGGGAAUUCACCGUUCUGACGAUAGAUGCAAAUCAGAUCCAGCUGCCACCGGAAAACGGAGUUUACGUGAAAAACACGUACCUAGAAGGUGCUGUAAAAGCAACAAACCCCAACAAUCUCAACUUUGAUAGUGCAGCAGUUGAAGCAUUUUGUACUCUUAUCAAUAAGGAAAGAGAUGGUGCUCAAAUUGGUGUGAAAGUUAUCUCAAGUCGGCUUCCUGUUAGUGAGGAGAAAGAAGCAUUACAAACCCUGAAUGUUCUUGACAUUUGUAUGAACAAAUGUGGUACACACUUUCAAAAUGAAGUAGGAAAAUUCAGAUUUCUAAAUGAGAUGAUAAAAUUGGUAUCUCCAAAGUACUUAGGAUCACACACUCCCUUAACUGUGAAACAAAAAGUUCUGCAGCUGUUAUAUGUAUGGACAUUAGACUACCCUAAAGAGACAAAAAUCAAAGAAGCUUUUGAUAUGUUGCAUAAGCAAGGAGUUAUCAAAGAAAUUCCAAAUCCCAAUGUACCAUCUAUUGAGGGUGUGAAUAUUGCAAAACGAAAAUCUACUAACUCACUAUUUCAAGAUGAAGAAAAGGCCAGAAUAUUACAGAAAUUACUGCAGAGUAAGGAUCCAGAAGACAUUCAAGCUGCAAAUUGGCUGAUCAAAAGCAUGGUUAAAGAGGAUGAUAAGAGAGCAGAACUGAAAAGUAAAAGAGUUUUAGACUUGGAAUCUGUUAAGAAUAAUGUUAGGCUACUGAAUGAAAUGCUGGAUUCUUAUAAACCUAGUGUUUCCUCUUCUGGUGAAUUAGACAUUAUCAAAGAACUUCAUGAAAAUUGUGAAAGACUCAGACCUAUGAUAAAUAAAUUGAUCUCAGAAACAUGCCAGGGUGAAGCUAUAUUGAAUGAUGUUCUGGAGACUAAUGAUGAACUGUCAUCUGCUUUCAAUAAAUAUGAUAUUCUUAUAGUCCAAGGCAGAGGUCUGCACAUGAAAUUACAAGAAACUAGUCAUGAAUCAUUGCUUCAUUUUGAUGCAGCAGAUUCAAAGUCCUUAGAAAACUCUUCUGCUAUGAAAAUAGACCAAAAGAGCAGUGCUGAAGGAUCCACUGUUGAUGUUCUUUGUGAUAUUUUUACAAAUAUAAGUGUUCCAGAUGUAGCUGAGGUUUUACAACCUGUUGCAGUGUCUAAAAAUGAAAAUACUAACAAUGGUGAUAUCAAAGGAGACAGGCAAAGUAAGUUCAAAACUUUGGAAGAUUUAGAUAUACUUGGAGAGCAUCUCAUGAGAGAAAAUUUGCCCAGCAAACAAAACAAUUUCAGGAAUGGGCAAGAAAAAAUUCCUAUGAACCUCUUGAGCAAAAUUUCAGCUUUGAAUCAAACACAACCUGCACUUUCAACUGAUUCAGAUUCUCUAAGGUUAGAUCUGAACUAUCUAUUGAAACCAAGAAAUGAUAGUGCACAAUUUCUGAAUGAUGAAGCACAAAAAACUAAUGAUACUGAUUUUCUUGUUGAAAUCGCUGAUGAAAAAAUGUUGGACUUGGAUAAAUCCUUUGACUCAGAUUCUCUUCUUCCUGUAACUGAGAAUGAGUUCAGAGCAAAGAAUAUCACCAAAAAUGUCCUUAAGUGUGAAAUAAAGUUGAAUGAUGUGGUCAUCAAACUGGACGAUAUCAAACCAAGUAGUUUUCCACCUAUGAAAGUCUUGGAUGAAAAAAAUGGCAUCAGUGUGACAAUGCACCUUGCUAAGGAUAAACCAAAAAAAGGAGUCAAUGUUUUUGUUAUUACCACCAUCAGCAAAAAUGAACUUCCCUUAAGUAAUUAUAUGUUUCAAGCUGUUGUUCCCAAGGGUUGUAAAUUGAAAUUGCAGUCUCCUUCGUCCACGGAUCUUCCUGCUCAUAACCCCUUUUUGCCUCCUUCUGCAAUUACUCAGAUAAUGUUGAUUGCCAAUCCUGAGGAGGUUCCAAUUUCUAUUAAAUUCAUUAUAAGCUAUUCCAUGGAUGAGGACACCAUAACAGAAAUGGGUGAAGUUGAUGAUUUACCAAUACUAUGAGCCAAAUUGAUCAUUUUUAUCUCCCCUAUCCCACAACAGUGUUCUCUUUCUAAGGGAGAUUUCAAUUUUAAGACAGUUGUAUUUAUUUUCACCUUGGAAUUGUUACUUUAUACAUACAUAAAUCCUCGCAUGAAUCAUUAUUUUUGCAUUUCCUCUAGAGGAAAUAUAUGUGUUUGUUUAUAAUUAUUAUAGUGUACUUUGCAUUUAAUAUAAAUGAUUGGCUUAGACCCAUUAACU